AUGUCCGCGCUUAAGCGUACUGCCACCAGUUAUGACGCCGCCGAACGUCCAAUCAAGCGCUCUCGACCGCAGCCUCAAUCCCAGCGCCGACCCGUCAGCGCUCUACGCCCUGCGCAACCCUCUUCGGUUCGCGAAGCCAUCUACAUUUCCUCCGCUUCCCCAGUUACUGGUCGCGAUCCGGGUACUGCUGAGCAGAAGACCCCUAGCGGCGGCAUAAAGCCUCUCGACUCCUUCCAAGAUUGCGUCGUCAAUUCCGUCGAGUCUGCUCCAGGAGGUCGGAACUCGCGUACAGGAUUUGAGCACUACCUAUACUUCGCACGUCGCUACGCCGCACAGUACAAAAAUGUGUCUGUGGAUUUCAACACAUACAGACACGCCGCGCCGCCCAACGCCCCGCCCGGUGACCCUCUCCCGAACACCGCACCGCAGACGCUUGAUUUAGGGCCAUCAGAUCCGCAAUUCAAUUACAGGACGCUUCCCAACCAUAUCAAGGAGUACACGCAGCCAAUCUACAAAGCGCAUACCUACAAUCCUCUCAUUCCCCUCGCCAUCAUCCGCCUCGCCGAGAAAAACCUACCCUUCAUGGAUUUCAGCUCUAACCUCACGCAUCUGCCGAACGUAGGUCCUCAAACACUUCCACCAAAAUUUCCACCUGUUGAGGAGGAAGAUAUGCCAUUCCUGGAUAUGGCGACAACGUGGGUCGUCUUGCCGGGCGACCAAGAUAUUACUAUACUCUUCUUGCCGAACUACUAUGCAGAUGGGCGGCACGCCAUCGGCUUCUACACCCGCAAGAUGCCUUCCAAACGGUUCUGCUCCAUGAUAUUCACGCCGUGUACAACUUUUGAGCUACGUGUCGCUGGGCUCCUCGAUUUUACCCCCAUUGACUCCGACCUUGGAGUCUCCGACAUCCCAGACGAUGAGAUUGGCGAGGAUGGUGGGGCAGUGCCAUGGGAUGUUACUGAGGUUGGGGUGAAGGAUGGCAAGUGGCUCUAUCCUGUAGAGGAUGACAUAGUGGCUUGGGAGAAUGCGGAGGUCGUGGCGGGGUGGGAGUGGGUCAUUUGGGUUAGGGUUACGCUGAGAAAAACCGCGGAGGAUAGCGAGGACGGGAUAAAGAGGGAUGGCGGAUCAUGGGGAGAGGCGAGGUGGGAGUGA